GAGGGAGAAAAAACAGAGCACAGAGGAUUUCGUUCUGCUCUUAUUUAUGCCCGACAAGAGGCAGAGCAGUGCCACUUGCUUCCUUCUCUUCUUCGUCCCGCCUCGCUGCCUGCGUGAAUCGAGAUCAUCGUCAAUUGAAACUCCUACGUUAAAUCUCUCGAAAAGUCCAAUCAUUGUACUCUUCAUCAAUCUCCACGAGCCCCUCUUUCUCUCUCUUAUCCAGUGGCCUCCCAUUCGUUUGGGAGUCUGCUUAAAGCUUAAUAAAGUUCCUCUCUUUUCUGCAGCAAAACGAAUCAGUUAAGUGAUCUGCCCCUCCGUUGCUGUUAAUUCAUCUCUUCUCUCCAUCGGGACCAAGUCUUCUGCUUGCUGCAGUUCUCAGUGGGUUGUUGCGAUAGAGAUCGUCAAUUGGGGGGAGGUGGCAGUUCCAGCAAACGGGUUCCUGGGUGUUGGAGUUGCAUACCCAGAUCUGGUUCUGGAACAAGCUUCGGUUAUUCACCCUAUUGCAUGGCUAGAGUUUGAUUCUCUUCGUUGUAUGUGCUAAAAGAUGCAAUUUUGAGAGCUGGGUUUUGCUGUUUGUGGAAGGGAAAUUGGUAAUUUGGAGAGUUGCAAGGACUGGGCAAAGGGCACUUUCUGGAUCUGGUGCCAGUGCUGGAUAGUUUGGAUCAAUCCUAACCUGUCCAUGCUAAUAUAAGCAAAUUUUAGAGCAGGGUGUUGCUGUUUGUGGUAGAGGGAUUAUUUAAUCAUUCAUAGGGGAUUAGAAUUUUGGUAGAAGGUUUCUUUCUGGAUCUGAGUUUGGGGAUAGUUUAAGGGGUGCGAGUCUGAUAAGAUUACGUUUGCAAACAUGCCAUCAGAGGAAGACAAGGACCCUCUAGUUAUAACCAGGCCAAACCCCCCAGCAAAGUCUCUGCCUACUCGGGUUCUUCAACUGUUCGUGCUUUUUUUCAUCGUGUGCAUCACAUUUGGGGCCGUUAGCGUAUACACGAUCCGGCAUUUCGGGGUCCAGAGCUCUGCUACAGCUGUUAAAUCGAGUUUUCAGCCUUGCUAUGUGGAGUCAAACAGUUUGGACCAUUGGAUAAGGCCCCCUUCGGAUCUGCUCCACACGAUGAGCGAUGAGGAGCUGUUCUGGAGGUCUACAAUGGUUCCUCGAAUAAAGAAGUAUCCCUUCAAAAGACUCCCAAAGAUUGCAUUUAUGUUCUUGACCAAAGGGCCAAUGCCCCUGGCUCCUCUCUGGGAGAGGUUUCUGAAGGGCCAUGAGGAGCGGUACUCAAUCUAUGUUCAUUCCUCGCCCUCUUUUCAUGCCCAGUUCCACCCAUCUUCAGUGUUCUACAAGAGACAGAUCCCGAGUCAGGUUGCAGAGUGGGGGAGGAUGAGCAUGUGUGACGCAGAAAGGCGGCUCCUCGCAAAUGCGCUGCUGGAUAUAUCAAAUGAGUGGUUCAUCCUGCUUUCAGAGUCCUGUAUCCCUCUCUACAACUUCAGUCUCAUCUAUAACUACAUUGCAAAGUCCCGAUUUAGCUUCAUCGGGGCAUUUGAUGACCACGGGCCCUAUGGUCGUGGCCGGUACAAUCCUGACAUGAGCCCCGAGGUGAACCUCACUGAGUGGCGGAAGGGGGCCCAGUGGUUUGAGGUCAACCGGAGGCUCGCAGUGAGUAUUGUGGAGGACACCGUCUACUACCCCAAGUUCAAGGAGUUCUGCAGGCCCGCAUGCUACGUGGAUGAGCACUACUUCCCUACGAUGCUCACAAUACGGGCGGGCAGCCAACUGGCCAACAGGAGCCUCACCUGGGUCGACUGGUCCCGGGGAGGGGCCCACCCCGCCACGUUCGGGAGGGCUGACGUAACGGAGGAUUUCCUGAGGAGGAUCGUCGAGGGGCGCAACUGCAGUUACAACAGGCAGCCCACGUCGACGUGCUUCCUCUUUGCAAGGAAGUUUGCCCCAAGCACGUUGGAGCCGCUUCUGGCGCUGGCCCGAGAGGUCCUGGGCUACUGAUUUGGAUCAAGUUCCCAACCCAUGAGUUUAAGGUUGUGUUUGGUUCAGUGGAAUAGAAAGGAAAAAUGAAACUGGCGCACGAGGUUUUACAUGCAUAAAAUCCCGUUCUUCUCAUACCAGGCACGGCGACGUGAGAGAUUCCAUAGCAUGCGCUGGCGAUCGUAGCAAGUACAGGCGGCGAUCCGACCUCCUCGGUGGUAGCCGUUUGAUGAUGUACAGCACAUUUACAAGGAUGUUAUACUAAUUAGUUUUUCAGAUUAAAAAAAGGAGUUCAGGUAGAGUUUUUGGUAGUUUAUUUGGAAAAGAAAUUUUUAUACCACUGCCGAAACUUGUCAUUUUAUUUUGUAGGAAAUUUGUAUUUUUAUUUUACAAUUUUAAUUUGCAGUCAUAUACUCAAAUCUGAACAAAGCUGAAGACAAAAUAUGAGAAAUAAUGAUUGAUCA